AUGCUGAACACAAUGAUCUCCACCCUCCAGUGCCAGACAAUGAGAGGUCGUAGGCUGAAGGGGGCAUAUUCCAACCCCCUUUUUGUGCUGCUUUUGGCCCUUCAGAUCCUGGUGGUGGCUGGACUAGUUCGUGCUCAAACCUGUCCUUCUGUCUGCUCAUGCAGUAACCAAUUCAGUAAAGUCAUAUGCACUCGGCGUGGUCUACGAGAUGUACCAGAUGGCAUUUCCACCAAUACCCGGUACCUGAACCUCCAGGAUAACCUCAUUCAGGUAAUCAAGGUGGACAGUUUCAAGCAUCUGCGUCAUCUGGAGAUCCUGCAACUGAGCAAAAAUCAUAUCCGCAGCAUUGAAAUUGGGGCGUUUAAUGGGUUAGCCAGUCUCAACACACUAGAGCUCUUUGAUAAUCGACUGACAACAAUCCCCAAUGGAGCAUUUGAGUACUUGUCCAAACUUAAGGAACUGUGGCUAAGAAACAACCCCAUUGAAAGUAUACCAUCAUAUGCCUUCAACCGGGUCCCUUCUCUAAGAAGACUAGAUUUGGGUGAGCUCAAACGUCUUUCCUACAUUUCUGACGGAGCUUUCAAGGAUUUGAGCAACCUGCGUUAUCUAAACUUGGGAAUGUGCAACCUCAAGGAAAUUCCAAACAUUUUACCAUUGAUUAGGCUUGAAGAGCUAGAAAUGUCAGGCAACCAGCUCUCUGUCCUCAAGCCCAGCUCUUUUACAGGCUUAGUGAAUCUUCAAAAAUUGUGGAUGAUGCACGCCCAGAUCCAAACUAUUGAGAGAAAUUCAUUUGAUGAUCUUCAGUCACUAGUGGAGCUGAACUUGGCUCACAACAACCUGACCUUUUUACCACAUGACCUCUUUACACCAUUGCAUCGUCUUGAAAGAGUCCACCUCCAUCAUAACCCUUGGAACUGCAACUGUGACAUUUUGUGGCUCAGCUGGUGGCUUAAGGAAACAGUGCCUGCCAAUACCAGCUGCUGUGCUCGUUGCUUUACUCCUUCAGACUUUAAGGGACGCUAUAUUGGAGAACUGGACCACAGCUACUUCCAGUGUGACGUUCCUGUUAUUGUAGAGCCACCCAGUGACCUAAAUGUGACUGAGGGCAUGGGUGCUGAGCUUAAAUGUCGUACAAGCUCACUGACCUCUAUCUCUUGGCUCACACCAAAUGGCUCUUUGGUGACACAUGGGGCUUAUAAGGUGCGUUUGUCUGUACUCAAUGAUGGGACACUAAACUUUACUAGUGUAACAAUGCAGGACACUGGAACUUACACUUGUAUGGUUAGCAACACAGCAGGCAACAUUUCAGCUUCUGCUGUGCUCAAUGUUACUUCUGUGGAUAACAGUGGGGUGACUUAUUUUACCACUGUCACUGUAGAGGUGAUUGGGAACCCUGGGGAGGAAAGCCAAACAUCUCUUCCCCCAUUUGAGUGGAUACCAUCCUCAACUACAAAGGGUACUCCUGUUUCAACACGAACCACAGAGCGGACUUACACCAUCCCAGUUCUGGAUUUGGAUGGAGAAGGUGCCCUCAAUGGUCUGGAUGAGGUGAUGAAAACCACCAAGAUUAUCAUUGGCUGCUUUGUGGCAAUUACACUAAUGGCUGCUGUUUUGCUGGUAAUUUUCUACAAGAUGAGGAAGCAGCAUAACCAGCAGGACCCUGAUGGCCCUGCCUCCUCCAUGGAAGUUAUUACUGUUGAAGAAGAGCUUGCAGGUGUUGCUGCUAUGGAGAGACACCUAUCGCUUCCUCCACUGGAGCACUACAACCACUACAAUACCUACAAAAACACUUACCACCAUGCUCCUAUGCUCAGUUCCAUACACAGCUCAGCCACACAGGAACCUUUACUGAUUCAAGCUUGCUCAAAAGACAACGUCCAAGAGACCCAAAUCUAAUCAUAAGUUUGACUUUAUGCCCAGUAUUGCCAGUACCUUGGAAUACAAUGGAUCAAAACAUCAAGAUUAAAUUAAAAAACAUGCUGUUGACUUGAAAGUUGAUCUUAACUAUGACUAUGACACUUAAUCAGCAUUUGGCAAAUGAACAACAUCUGAUAUUUUAAAAAGGGUCUUUACAAAUACCAAGAUUAUUUAUUAAAAUAUGUCUAGUGG